AUGAGCAACCUCGAGACUCAAGGCAUGUCUAGGGCCUAUCCUCGAGCCAAGAAAGCACAAAAAGAUGAAAACACAGAGAAGGCGCGAUUGAAGAAGGCCCUUACACAGGGUAACAACGAAGGCGCCCGGAUAUACGCCUCGAACGCCAUCCGCAAGAAGACAGAAGCCCUGAACCUUCUGCGCCUCGCAAGCCGUAUAGAUGCAGUCGCAAGUCGAGUAGAAACCGCUGUCACCAUGCGUCAGGUCACAGGAAACAUGGCGUCGGUGGUGAAGGGAAUGGACAAGGCUAUGGAGACCAUGAACCUCGAGCGAAUCUCCAUGGUCAUGGAUAAAUUCGAGGCCCAGUUCACGGAUCUAGAUGUCCAGACUUCAUAUAUGGAAGACACCAUGGGUGCAACGACGGCAAUCUCGACGCCCCAAGACCAGAUCGACCAACUCUUGCGGCAGACGGCGGAAGAGGCGAACAUCGAGAUGCAGCAUGACCUCACUUCUAAGGAGUUGAAUGUGAAUUCUGAGAUCGCUUCUCCAGCGCUCAAGGACGAGGAUGACAAGUUGGCAGAGCGGCUGCGGGCGUUGAGACCAGCUACGUGA